GGCGUCACGGAAAGGUGACGCACUUCCGGCGCGCCACUCGAUAGGUGGUGGUAGGCCGCCAUGCCCGCGGGUGUGCCCUGGUCCACAUACGUGAAGACGCUGGCUGCCAGCAUGCUGGCCAUGUUCGCAGGAGCCGAGGUGGUGCACCGGUACUACCGGCCUGACCUCAGUAUACCUGAAAUACCUCCUAAACCUGGAGAGCUGAGAACAGAGCUGCUGGGUCUGAAAGCAAGAUCAAAACAAGCUGAAACAUCCCAGCAUUGACUGCAGUUUGCUUUCUGUGUUUUGAGAACUACGUAGGUUGCUCCAAAAGUAAUGCCUAUUUAUUUCCAUGGAAAUAAUAACUGAUACAAAGAGCACAAUAAGAAUAUGUGAGCAAAUUCCAAGCUACAAAAAUGUCUCUCCACAUAGUUGCCACCAUUAGUCAAUUUGUGUGUGAGAACGGAUGGAGGCACUCUUCAUUUCAUGGUGUAACAGUUGCGUGUGGCCACUGGGAAUGCAGCUUGCUGCUCACGUUGCCGUUGCUAUACUGCUGAAACACAGCACCCACUGCCUCACUGCGCUGACAUCCACUGGUUGGUCUCCAUAACCAUUCACAAGUGUUGAUGAAUGUCACUAGGUGCAUUUUUUUUCCACCUGGCAGAUUUCAGAGAUGCGCCUUUGCUUCAUAGAUACUUCCAUGGCAGAUGCCAUUGUCAGAUUGCCCCUGUGCUGACCUCUGUUGCACAGCAACAAAAUGUAACAAGAAGACUGAUGAGAAGGUUCAACCUCUACUGCUGUACCACCAUGACAUCAUGGACCAACAUAAUGGCACAGGAGGCACUACUUUUGGAGCAGCUCGUAUAGGACAGCUAGAACAUUUGGUCAACUCUCAACUGCAGAAGUCCAUACGUGAAAUACUUAAGCUUUUCUUCUUUCUUGAAAGCAGAAUUAUAUGCAGUAUAUGUUAAAAAUAAACUUAUGAUGAAUACUGUUAAAAGUGUAAUAUGUUGUAUACCAAAAUAUGUGUUAUUAAUUUUGAUUUGCAGUGUAAAUAUUCUUCAGAAUAAAAAAUGUGAACUCAUGCUUGGCCAAGUCUACUGGAGUUUGAAUGUUUUAAGCUG